AUGGACGGGUUCACCGGCAGCCUGGAUGACAGUAUGUCUGGUGCGAGCGUCUCGGACGUGAACGACCGUCUGUCUGCGUUAGAGCUGCGAGUCCAGCAGCAGGAGGAUGAGCUGACGGUGAUGAAAGCGGCGCUCGCCGACGUCCUCCGGCGUCUGGCGGCGUCCGAAGACGCCUCGAAGAAACCGCACGGAGGGAAGGGUGGUGCUGCAAUGCGGGAGGCCUACUCCAUGUCCUGCAUCGCUAACGGAGGGACGGGACGGAAGAGGGACUCCACCUCCGUCACCAGGAAGGAGACAGUGUCUUCCGCCGCCAAGAGUGGACCGGAGAAAAAGAAGGAGGCAGUGCAGCGCUCUCAGAUGGAGGAGAUCCAGGAGCGAGAGGAACCUCCUCGCCCGAAGGACUCCUCCCCUUGCCCCUCCUCCUCCUCCUCCCCCCACCCCCCUCCCGCCCCCUCCCAGAAACAUACGUCCGAUAGCAGCAAAGGCCACACCCCAUUCAAAAGGGGUCCCAGCGUGAAGCGGUCUUCAGGGAUGGAGCGCUCCCAGAGCAGCACCUGGGACUCCUCAGAGGACAGUAGGAACAAACUGGUGAAGGCAGCGUCUACCUCCAGGCUGCUGGCCAAGGUGGCGAAGAACACAGACAGACAUAAAGACCCGGUGAUCAGUCAAGCCAAAAUGUCCACCAGAGAGAAAAACAGCCAGGCCGAGGGGAACAUUAAGAUGUUCAUGCGGGGUCGUCCCAUCACGAUGUUCAUCCCGUCGAAUGUGGAGAACUACGACGACAUUCGCACCGAGCUGCCUCCAGAAAAGCUGAAGCUGGACUGGGUGUACGGUUAUCGCGGCAGAGACUGCAGAGCCAACGUCUACCUCCUCCCAACCGGAGAGAUCCUCUACUUCAUCGCCUCUGUGGUGGUUCUGUUCAACUAUGAAGAACACACUCAGAGACACUACCUGGGACACACUGACUGCGUCAAGUGUCUGGCCAUCCAUCCUGAUAAGAUCCGGAUCGCGACGGGUCAGAUUGCGGGAGUGGACAAAGACGGACGGCCGCUGCAGCCUCACGUCCGGAUCUGGGACAGCGUCAGCCUGUCCACGCUGCAGGUCAUCGGCAUGGGGACGUUUGAACGAGGCGUCGGUUCUCUGGCGUUCUCCAAAGCGGACUCGGGUCAGCACCUCAGUGUGAUCGACGACUGUAACGACCACAUGCUGACGGUCUGGGACUGGCAGAAGAAAUCCAAGAUCGCAGAGAUUAAGACCACAAACGAGGUGGUCCUGGCUGUGGAGUUCCACCCCACCGACCCCAGCACCAUUGUGACCUGCGGGAAGUCCCACAUCUUCUUCUGGACCUGGAAUGGAUCUGCUUUGGCUCGUAAACAGGGAAUCUUUGGGAAAUACGAGAAGCCGAAGUUCGUGCAGUGUCUGGCCUUCCUGAGUUCUGGAGACAUCCUGACUGGAGACUCUGGAGGGGUCCUGCUGGUCUGGACCAGGAGCUCCGCUGAGACCCCCACAGGGAAGGGACCUCGAGCCUUUCAGAUCAGCCGACAGGUCAAAGGUCACGAGGGCAGCGUCUACUGUGUGUGUGAGAUGAGGAGCGGCACCCUGCUGACCGGGGGAGGAAAAGACCGGAGGAUCAUCCUGUGGGACCACGAGCUGAGAUCAGACCGGGACAUCGAGGUUCCAGACCAGUACGGGGCGAUCCGGGCGGUCUCUGAGGAAGGGGAGGAGUUUCUGGUGGGAACGUCUCGAAACUUCAUCCUGAGGGGAACCUUCAACGACGGCUUCCUGGUGGAAGUGCAGGGACACACAGACGAGCUGUGGGGUCUGGCGUGUCACCCGUCCAGAGCCCUGUUCCUGACCUGUGCUCAGGACAGACUGGUCUGUCUCUGGAACGCUGCCGAGCACAGUCUGCAGUGGAGCCGCAGUCUGGAGGAACAUGGACACUGUGCAGACUUCCAUCCCAGUGGAGCUGUGGUCGCCAUAGGAACGCACUCAGGAAAGUGGUACCUCCUGGACGCAGAGUCCACGGACCUGGUGGGGAUCCACACGGACGGGAACGAGCAGCUGUCCGUGAUGCGGUACUCCACCGAUGGCAGUCUGCUGGCUGUUGGUUCUCACGAUAACUUCAUUUACCUCUACAACGUCUCAGAGAGGGGACGCAAGUACAGCCGCUACGGAAAGUGUUCAGGACAUUCCAGCUACAUCACUCACCUGGACUGGUCACCUGAUAACAACUUCAUCAUGUCCAACUCCGGAGACUAUGAGAUCCUCUACUGGGACGUCCCGAACGGCUGCAAACUGAUCAGAAACCGUUCAGAGUGUAAAGACAUCGACUGGGCCACAUAUACCUGUGUGCUGGGAUACCAUGUGUUCGGAGUGUGGCCGGAAGGCUCUGAUGGGACGGACAUCAACGCCCUGAUGAGGUCUCACCACCGGAAGGUGAUCGCUUUGGCAGACGACUUCUGUAAAGUUCACCUCUUCUCCUACCCGUGUUCUACCUUCAAGGCUCCCAGCCAUAAGUACAGCGCCCACAGCAGUCAUGUGACCAACGUGAGCUUCCUGUUUGACGACAGCCACCUGCUGUCCACGGGGGGGAAGGACAUGAGCAUCAUGCAGUGGCGUCUGGUGGAGAAGAGCUCGCUGUCCCUCACAGACGGCCUCCUGUCCAACUCCGCCCCCCGCCGGGCCGAGCCCGUCUACGCCCCGCCUCCUCCCCCCACGGCCAACGGGACCCGGGAGCCCUGUCCGGAAAGCCCGCCCCCCUGCGACCUGGCCCCGCCCGCCUCGGAGGCGACCCCGCCCCCGUCGGACAGCACGGUGAGCCUGAAGGACAGCCUGGAGCCCAGCGACGACACGGCCACGCCCAGCGACGAGGGGCUGCCGCCGCUGACUCCGCCCUCCUAGACCGCCCGGCCCGGCCCGCCGGGGACUCGGGACGCAGCGGUCGCCAGGACGGCUCCUCGCUUCCUGUCAGGAGGUCCACAGGGGGUCUCAACCUGCAGACAGUCUGGACAGUCUGUGGGGACGGACACUCAGAGGUCCAGCCGUCCACUCAUCAACACACAGACACACACACUCACAUGGUCUCUCUCUCUCUCUCUCUCUCUCUCUCUUUCGCUCUCUCUCUCUCUCUCGUUCUCUCUCUCUCUCUCUCUCUCUCUCUCUCUCUCUCUCUCUUUCUUUCUCACACACACAUGCACACACACACACUCAGACCCUCACACACCCUGGGGACUUCAUGAUGUUCCAGUGUGUGUGUGUGUGAACUGAAAGCUGCUACGAUGCUCAGUGUCAAGCAGCAGAGACCCCACAGCCCCGGGACCACCGCCGUCCAAUCAGAGCGGAGCAUCGAGGGCCGUGGCAGGACGAUUCAGGACGUGGCAGCACAUUUCAAGACAAUUCAGGACGUUUCAGGAUGUGGCAGGACGAUUCGGGACGCAGUCCCUCUGUAGUCCGUCUGUACAUACUGCAGAGCUGGAUGUAUAUUUCUGUUCUCCAGGAGGGGGCAGCAGCGCUCUGGUCCAAUCAGCCCUGUGGGGGGUCGGCUGGGUGUCUUUGUCCCUGUUCUGGACCAUUUCUGUUCGACACCCCAGUGACGGGGACGUCUCUUGUCUUUUUUACACUCAUCUCUCGGCUCGUCCCUCAGCUCGUCUCUUCUGCACCCGUCUCUCAGAUCGUCCCUCAGCUCGUGUCUUUUUUGUCUCUCAGUUCGUCCCUCAGCUCGUCUCUUCUAUACUCGUCUCUCAGCUCGUCUCUUCUGUGCUCGUUUCUUUUACACUUGUCCCUCAGUGUUUGGGAAUGCUGAUAUUUUGGGGUGGGACUUCGGGGAAGGUUUCGGGGGUGGGGGGUGGCUGGAGGGGGGGUUAAAGUGUGUAAUUUCCAGUGUUCGGUUAACAACAUUGAUACUUGUGAUGUUGUUCAUGUGACUGUUUUGAGCCAAUCACAUCUUCUCUCAUGCAUUCCUGUCAGAGGACAGACUGUACGGAAGAUUUCAACAAAAAAAAUGCAAAUAAAUGUUUUGAAACCAAA